UGCGCCCACCCCUUGUGUAAGCAAUUUAAACCUGAUAGCAGACGAUCAUUUGCCUAUCUUUACACUGCAAAUCUUUGUUCACUUCAGAUCGACCCAAUAUCUCAUGCGCUUCUUUACCAUAAUCAUUGUCAUUUUUUACGCGCAAAACUCCACCCGAGCGGUAAACCUCUUCUGAUUAUCGAUUUUUAAUGUAAGACAGAGCAGAACUUUGAUUGGUGCAAUCGAGAGGCUGUAGACUCCUGUCUGACGCGCGCCUGUGUUCUUUUCUACCCAUGGAAAUGGUCAGUACAGGUGCCUGAAUGUGCACAACGACAACAUUUUAAUAAUAUGAACUUAUUGCCAAGUGGAAUAUGUUUUUAUUUAUCUGUAGCAAUCUGCUGGCUAACGUCAAGGGUCGACGGAUCUUGGUGGUACAUGGGUACCCUUGGGUCGCAAGUGAUGUGCGACAACAUCCCCGGGUUAAUCAACAAACAGCGGCAGCUGUGCCGCCAGCAUCCCAAAGUUAUGCAGGCGAUUGGAGCCGGGAUUAAAGACUGGAUCGGGGAGUGCCAACAUCAGUUUCAGAACCACCGCUGGAACUGCAAUACCAUGGCGCGAGAACACAACUUGUUCGGACGCCUACUGCUGCGUAGCAGUCGUGAGGCGGCCUUUGUGCACGCCAUCUCCUCGGCCGGGGUGGUCCACACGCUGUCCCGGGCUUGCAGCCAGGGAGAGCUGCAGUCGUGCUCCUGUGACCCCACCAAGAAGGGCUCGUCCCGGGACGCCAAGGGGACGUUCGACUGGGGCGGCUGCAGCGACCAUGUGGAGCACGCCAUGAGGUUCAGCCAGUCCUUCGUAGACGCCAAAGAGAGAAAGGAGAGAGACGCCAGGGCUCUGAUGAACCUCCACAACAACCGCGCUGGGAGAAAGGCGGUGAAGCGGUUUAUGUCCCUGGAGUGUAAGUGUCAUGGCGUGAGCGGCUCCUGCAGCGUCCGGACCUGCUGGCUGGCCUUGGCCGACUUCCGACGCACGGGCGACCACCUGCGGCGGCGCUACAAUGGGGCGGUGCAGGUGGCCAUGAACCAGUAUGGCACGGGCUUCACCACCGCACAGCGACACUUCAAACGGCCCAGCAAGAACGACCUGGUCUACUUCGAGGACUCGCCAGACUACUGCAUAAGAGACCAAGAGUCUGGUUCGGUGGGGACGGGAGGGCGGGUGUGCAACCGGACGUCCCGCGCCGUAGACAGCUGCGAGGUUAUGUGCUGCGGCCGGGGCUACGAUACAACACGCGUCAGCCGCACCACCAAGUGUGAGUGCAAGUUUCACUGGUGCUGCGCUGUGCACUGCCGGGACUGCAACCAGGAGAUGGACGUGCACACCUGCAAGGCCCAAACAUGACUAUACCACCAACCAACCUCUUAUCCAGAUUUGGUCUGAAAUGGCAACCUAUUUCCCAUUGGUGCACUACUUUUGAGUAGUGCACUAGCUAGUGAAUAGGGUGGAUUUUGGACAUAACGCCAAAUCAGU